AUGCAACCUCCCACGUGUUCCCAGCCCAUGAUCCAUUGCCCUGAACCAAAACCAGCCUAUGGGCGGAGUGAGGGACAACCGGUCAAGCAGGUACCUGAGGUGCAGGUCGGGAUUUGGAGGACCCACGCCGGCCUGCUCGACGCGCUUCGGAGCUUGGAAGCUGCUGAACUCGCUUCUCAGCUCGUACUCCAGCGGGCCAGUACUCUUCGCGUUCUCUCGACUGACAUCCGCCACUCCUCCACGUUCUGCCGAACGACACGUCGAAGAGCGCGACUCGAGUAUUCCGACACACACCAUCACUUGCUUCCGCAGUUAUCGCAGCAGCGACUUGAGUCCGUUGGCCUGAAUCCAAGGCAGAUCCAAGCAGAAAGCACCAUGGCACCGACUAGACCCACGCCGGGCGGCUCUUCGGCCAACCCCAUCGACCUGACCGCCACCCGCCCCGCCACGGCCACCAUGGCGGGUUCCGGCACCGGCACCAGCACCGGCAGUGGCAUCGUCUCGGGCCCUGCCGCUGACUCCAUCCCCGGCACCGCCACCAUCACUGGCAUGGUCGACAACCCGUGCCCUACCCCCGGCAUCUCGGGCAUAAGCACGCUCUUCAACGCCACCCCUCUCACCGAGUUCGACCUUGCCGUCGACCGUACUCUCAGCCAGGGCCCCGCCAGCCCCCCCGCCCCCGCCGCAGCCGGUGGCAUCCUCUCCGGCCGUGUGACCAAGACCAAGAGCACCCCCAAGAAGGCCACCCCCAACAAGAAGACCACCCCCAAGAUACCCACCACCACCACCACCACCGCCGCUGCUGCCCCCGACAGCCCCACCCCCGGCACUGGCACUGGCACCAGCGCCGGUGUCGACAGCCCCAACCCGCCCAAGCGCGGCAAAGCCUCCGGCCUCCCCUCCUGCCUGGCCUGUCGGCGCUCCAAGGCGCGCUGCGACCGGGUGGUGGCGUGUGAGCGCUGCAUCAAGGCCGGGAAGGAGUGCAUAAUGGUGUUGCUGGUAAGAGUAGUGAUUGUGGUGCUCCGGGGGACAGUUCGGGGCAAGGCGUGCCGGAAGACCCUAUUCGCGUGGGCGCUAAUUGCGCGGACACUCAUCCGGCGUAAAGACCUCGCUGCGCUCGUUAGGCACAUCUCUGUGGAAUAUCAGGAAAAACACAGCGACCAUUCCUUUCUCCCCCCAGAGGUCGAGUCCUAUUUUGCCGAACAGGUCGCGCUGACCCCGGACGUCGGCCUGAAAGCGGACAGUCUCACCAGGAGUGAGCUGGCUGACUCCGCCAGCGACGCCGCCGCCGCCCUCUUGACUAGCCUCUGUCCCAACCUCUUGACGGCCAAGUUCGCCUCACUGAUAGAUCCGGGUCUUCCUGUCGCUCUUGGCCUCUGCCCUCCGGGGUCGUUGAGAUCUUUGAGGGAUGUCCAAAUAUUGCACUCGGACCCGGAACUUGGAUUCGACCUGUUGGUCUUUGCCCGGCUUUUCCAUGCCACUCCUAACAUCAGGCUGCUCCGGCUCAUUCAGGCCAGCUGUUCUCAGCGGCUGGAGGAGGGCCUGAAGCUCGAGAACGUGACGGAUCUCGAGCUGCUGAGCAGCUGCAUGUCGGGCGACGACCUUGCCCACAUCCUCCGCCUAUGCCCGAACGUGCAGCGGCUACAGUACGUCUGCGGGCCGCUGUAUGAAUACGACCAGUUCACUCCUCAUGAAGCAGUGACGAUCGUUCUGGAACAUAGUCCGAAGCUGCAGAGGUUCGAGUUGGAUCUGACAGACUGGCUGGGCUAUGACCACUGGGACGAGGGUGAUAUCCUUGAGGCGAAAGGCGUUUUGGAGAGGAAUCGUGCAGUUGAGUGCGUUUUCAGGCCCGACUAUGACAUUCACAAGUGCCAUCAUUUUGUGUCAAACGGGUCAAGGGACAGUGGAGGUAUCCAGGCAUGUUCAGCAGUGUCGCUCUCAGUACGCGAGAUAUUAGCAAGGCUGAGAGCAGGUCGUCCUCCAGAGACGACGCCACCAGUUACGCACCAUUCCUCGCGUAACAGUCGGACUCGGCUGCAGUACUAG